CUUUCUUUCCAACUUUUUCUCCAACUUUCUCUCCAACUUUUUUUCCAACUUUCUUUCCAACUUUUUCUCCAACUUAUUUUCCAACCUUUUUUUCCAACUUUCUUUCCAACCUUGCUUCCAACCUUUUUUUCCAACCUUUUUUUCUCUCCUUCUCUUUCUCUCUAAUAAAUAAACUUGCUUUAUCCUUCCAUACUUUUUCUUCAUUUUCCCCCAAAUUUUUAUUUUCCAGCAUUGAUCGAUUUGAUCCGUUCCCUGAGAGAUCUUCUCUCUUGCCUUUAUCUUCUCUCUCUUUUGUUCUUAUAAUUAUCCCUUCAAUUUUAAAGUUUUUAUUUUUAUUUUUCCAGUCUUUCACAGCCUCCUACACUUUUUGCCGAAAGUUUUCUUUCUAUUUAAUAUUUUUGCAAAACGGCUGUCUGAAAGGAAAAUUAUAAAAUAGCUGUUGUUAUAUUUAAUUAGUUUUUAAAAACCAUUUUUGUUUUUGUUUUGAAAAAAUGCCACGGUAUCAUUCAAUACACGAUGAUGUUGAAGUUGCUACUAAAUGGUGGAGUGACUAUCCAACACAAAAGUAUACAGACAUGGCUAGAGCACAAAAAACAUUUAGCAAUUUAAUUGGGGAUGUUUGGUCGAAACCGAAACGACUUGUAAGAUCUGCUAGUUAUACAAACUUGACGUAUUACAAAGAGGCGCAGCAUGAUUAUCCUAUUAAAAAAAGUACUUCUGUUUCAUCAUUAGCACCAUCACUAGCUUUACCACAAUAUUAUCGUCAAGCAGAGCGGAUUGUUCACACCGAACGUGUUUACAAACCUUUUAUGUAUGACUGGUACAACAAAGCUUAUUCCCAACAUCGUUAUAUCGACACACAACGGGAGAUAAUGCGACCACUUAAAAGGGACCCAGCACCUCUUCGUUACAAGCCCCUAAAGUUUGAAGAAUUUACCAACCGGAGUAGUUGGAUUCCUUAUUAUUCUGGACAGACUAGAAGGAUUUAUAAUGAUGAGGCAAAAAAUAAUUAA